CCACGACCAGGCAGUCGAGUUCUCCGUUGAUUUGUGUGAAGAAAUGCCCCACAAGGACCCACACAUGGGACAACAGAGAGGAUCCUUCAAAUAAAGCAACGUCAGCUGUCAUACGGGGGGGAGAAGGCUUUAACAUCUAAAUACAGCCAUGGUGUCCAUUGAUCAUGUCGCGAGCAAAAUACUAACUUACAUGCCUUAUGUUCUGGUUUUGAUUGAUAUGCGAUACGAAGGAGUCAGAUGUGGGAAGGAUGGAAGUGUGGACAACCACAUGGAGAUGGGGAAGAAACUGCUCGCUGCUGGACAGUUAGCUGAUGCUCUUUCCCACUUUCACGCCGCAGUAGAUGGGGACCCGAAGAACUACAUGGCAUACUAUAGGAGAGCUACAGUGUUUCUAGCAAUGGGGAAGUCCAAGUCUGCUCUACCAGAUUUAAGCAGAGUCAUUGAACUAAAGCCAGAUUUCACAUCUGCACGGCUUCAGAGAGGAAACCUUCUUUUGAAGCAAGGGAAGCUCGAUGAAGCAGAAAGUGACUUCAAGAAGGUGCUUAAGUCCAACCCCAGCGACAAAGAAGAGAAAGAAGCCAAGAGUCAGCUGGCAAAGUCAGACGAGCUCCAGCGUUUGGUGGCUCAGUCACGCAGCAGCUUCAACGAGAGAGAUUACAUGACGGCCAUUACUCACCUUGACACCAUUAUCGAAACGUGCGUUUGGGACGCCAGCUCGCGUGAGAUGAGAGCAGAGUGUUACAUUCAAAUGGGGGAGAUGGGGAAGGCCGUCAGCGACCUCAAAGCUGCAUCUAAGCUAAAGAACGACAACACGCAGGCGUUCUACAAGCUCAGCACCAUCUACUACAACUUAGGAGACCACGAGAUGUCCCUCAAUGAAAUACGAGAGUGCCUGAAGCUGGAUCCUGAUCACAAACAGUGUUACAGUCAUUACAAGCAGGUCAAGAAGCUGAACAAACAGAUUCAGUCUGCAGAGGAACUCAUCCAGGAACAGAGGUACGAGGAUGCAGUCGGCAAAUACGAGGCAGUGAUGAGAACCGAGCCCAAUGUGCACCAGUUUACACUUCUGGCAAAGGAGCGGAUCUGCCACGCACUAGCGAAGGACCAGCAGGCGAGCAGAGCCGUCCCCGUGUGCAGUGAAGUCCUCCAGUCAGACCCUGAGAAUGUCAAUGUAUUGAAGGACAGAGCGGAGGCUUAUGUCCAAGAUGAACAGUAUGAGGAAGCUAUUAAAGACUAUGAGACUGCUGGAAAAUACAGCGAGAAUGACCAUCAGAUCAAAGAAGGCCUGGAGCGAGCUCAGCGACUUCUCAAGCAGUCUCAGAGGAGGGAUUACUACAAAAUCCUGGGAGUGAAGAGAACUGCCAAGAAGAAGGAGAUCAUCAAAGCAUACAGGAAGCUGGCACAACAGUGGCACCCUGACAACUUCCAGGACCCGCAGGAGAAAAAGAAGGCAGAGAAGAAGUUCAUAGACAUCGCUCAAGCCAAAGAGGUUCUCACCGAUCCAGAGAUGAGAAACAAGUUUGACCAAGGAGAAGACCCCAUGGAUCCAGAAAGCCAGCAGGGUCACCAUCAUCCAUUCAACGGCGGUUUCCAUGGUUUCCAGGGGUUCAAUCCUUUUGGCUCAGGAUCCUUUAACUUUAAAUUCAACUUCAACUGAAGAGCUUAAUUAUCCAGCAAAGCUGGAAUAUUUUUUUUUUCUUCGUAUUGUCCUCCCUAUUUAAAAAGGAGAUUAUUCCAAAAAUGAUCUUUAAGCUUCACAGAAAUGUGUUGCCAACGGUGACUUUAAAUCAUUUGUUGUUGACCAAUGGCGUUUCUGCUUCAGGCCGGUUCAGUCUGUCGCCAUGCUGACAAAUAUCUGCCUUGCAUAAAAAGCUGUUAAGAAGUAAACAGUAAUUUUUAUGACUUUGACUCUUUAAAUUAUGUUUGUGUCCAGUAUUGCUCACUGCAGUUCACAUAAUUCAAUUUGUUCUAUUUUUAUAUGAAUUAAUUUUUUUUCCUGAAAUGUAAAUAAAGACUUAUUUAUGUACAUUCA